ACUAUGUUAUAAGACGUGGUGCGUAGUUUCUUUUUUAAAAACGUGGACGUGGGGCGCUACGGAGAGAUCGUCGGUCCCACCCAAAAAGCCGGUGUGGCCCUUUCUCACGCUUCAUUCUGGUGCCGUAGUUCAAAGAGGUUAGGUUGACAUUGUUUAGAACUGAGACGAUCUACAAAAAGACCGGUUAUCUGUAUUAUUCAGUAUACAAAGAUGAGCCGGAAGGAAGCGUUAUCUCAAUUUAUACAACAAAUUCAUGGACGGCCCGUCGUCGUAAAACUGAACAGUGGUGUCGAUUACAGAGGUGUACUAGCUUGUAUAGAUGGUUACAUGAACAUAGCGCUUGAACAAACAGAGGAGUAUGUUAACGGACAAUUGAAGGACAAAUACGGGGAUGCCUUUAUACGGGGGAACAAUGUGCUGUACAUUAGUACACAGAAGCGCAGGACUUAAUCGAGACAUAUAAAUAAAUAAAAACUAACUGUUUAUUUAAUAAGCAUUUUAAAAAAUUCAUCUUUACAUAUACCUCUAAAGAACUACAUAUUGGUUUACUUCUAAGUAUAUGAUAAUUCUAGUGAGACAUUCUAAUGAGACAAUUUUUAUACUUUAUGAUAGAUGCGUCUAUAUGAUGUCUCCUAUGGACAGUAAAAACUUAAUAAAUUAUCGUAAGAUGUAUUUCACUUAAA